AUGUAUGUCACAGGAAACAUCACUCCAUAUUUCAAGUCUUAUCUAAGUUAAUUUCAAAAGAUUUCAAACACGGACAUGUUUCUACUGCUCUCUUUGAGUAUAAUUUGGGCAACCAUUUUAUUCCCUCUUGGUAGUUAUAUAUCAAAGAGAACUCAUCCAAGAUUGAUGAUACUAAUUGGCUGUGGAAUCGCUAUAGCUUUAAUGAUAGGCGCUUCUUAUACGACAGAUUUCAUGAGUUUCUUAGUACUUUACACUCUAAGUUUUGGAUUCAGCAAUGGAAUAACUAGUGCACUUGUUAACCCAGAUAAUAUUGAUCCUGAUAGCAAAGGAAUAUAUCCACCAGAAGUAGCUAACAAUGUCCCUUUUAUGUUAUAAAUGUUGUCAGCUAUUUGGGGAGGUAUAGCUUUGAUUUCUACAAUAAUGACAUUUGGCCCUCCUGAAUAAGUUGAUGCCUCAUCUCAAAUUAUCAUAAAUAUACAAACUGCAAUAAGAACAGAACCAAGUAAUUCGUUCCCAUUAAUGAACAAUCUUGAAGAAGUUGAUGUUGAACCUUAAAUUGAAGUCUUAGAAGCAAAGGAACUUAGAAAGUUAUCAAUACAACUCAGAGAAGUCAAUGUCCCCUCUUUAGGGAAAUGUCUAACUUCAAUAUAAUUUCUUUCAAUUUACUUCAUGAAUUUCAUGUCGAUUUGUAAGUUUGCUCUAGCUUUACUUAAUUUAGUUGUUGGAAUGUUUUUCAUGUCAACAUAUAGAAAUUUUGCAGCUGGAAUACUCAAGGAUGAUUAAUUUAUAACAUUAGUUGGGAGUCUUGGGGGAUUUGCUUCAAGUAUAAGAUUUGUAUGGUAACCUUUAAUUGCUUACUUUGGAUACAAGAAAGUCUAUGGUUCAAUAUUAAUUUUGCAAAUAGGAAUAGCUUUUAGCUUCGCCUAUAUAGUUAGUAUCAAAGCUUUGUUCUUGAUUUACAUAUGCUUGAUAUUUUGGUGUGAAGGAGCUCAUUACACUUUAGUUCCGAUCAUUAUUGCAAAUCAUUUUGGUGCUCAAGCUACAAUGGUUUAUGCAUAUGCAUUUUCCUUUGGAGGCUUUUCUUAGCUUAUCAGUUCGGCUUUGGAGAUAUUUUUAUUAGAUGAGCUUUAAAUAAAUGGUUUUUACUAUCUUGGUGGAGUUUUAAGCUUUUGUUCACUGUUUAUCUUGAUUGCUAUCUUUAAAGAUAAGAAAUUCUGCUGA